GGACGUGGAUCUGCUAUCUAUUAAUAGCGAAACGAAAGGGAGCGAUCGAGUCGUUCGAACCGUGUAGGCAUCGUUCCGAGUCUUGGUGCUGUCCAGACUCUGCCCGCAGGACUUCAGAGCCGCUCGAGCUGUCGCGGACUCCACAUUCCACCAGCAAAAGCUCUUCGUGCGUGCCUGUUGGAAGCAUCUGUUGCUCGGCUGGUGCCCCGAGGCGAACCCUCAUACCACCACAUACACACUCUCCCACCCACCCACACGUCCACACACAUUGCCACACAUUGACACCGUUCGAGUCACCUUAACCACCCGCAAACAUGUCUGACGACGAGGACCAAUACUCCAGCGAGGAGGAGGUGGUCGAGGAAACGUAAGCACCCGGAGAGGAAGAUCGAGGGUAGGGCGUCCCAAAAGGACUCUGGGGAGAAUCCCGAGUUUAUGAAGAGGCAGGAACAGAAGAGAAGCGACCUAGACGAACAACUCAAGGAAUACAUUGCAGAAUGGCGAAAGCAAAGGGCCAAGGAGGAGGAGGAACUGAAGAGAUUGAAGGAGAAACAAGCCAAGCGCAAGAUCACUCGCGCGGACGAGGAGAAGAGAUUGGCUCAGAAAAAGAAGGAGGAGGAAGAACGUCGCCAACGUGAAAUUGAGGAGAAGAAACAACGUGAUAUCGAGGAAAAGAGAAAGCGUCUCGAGGAAUCAGAAAAGAAACGCCAAGCCAUGAUGCAAGCGAUGAAGGAUCAGAGCAAGAAGGGACCCAACUUCACCAUCACCAGGAAAGAUCUGGCAGGUAACCUUACGUCGGCGCAACUGGAGCGCAACAAAACGAAAGAACAGCUCGAAGAGGAGAAGAAAAUCUCGCUGAGCAUCCGUAUCAAACCUUUGGAAAUGGAUGGUUUGUCCAUUGAGAAGCUCCGGUCUAAGGCCAACGAACUCUGGGAUACCAUAGUUAAGCUCGAAACCGAGAAAUACGAUCUUGAAGAACGACAGAAACGCCAGGACUAUGACCUUAAAGAAUUAAAGGAACGUCAGAAGCAGCAGUUGAGGCACAAAGCCUUGAAGAAAGGUCUUGAUCCCGAAGCCCUUACCGGCAAGUACCCUCCCAAGAUCCAAGUCGCCUCCAAAUACGAACGUCGCGUGGAUACCAGGUCCUAUGACGAUAAAAAGAAACUGUUCGAGGGUGGUCUAACCGAACAGCUCAAGGAAACCAUGGAGAAGCAAUGGACUCAACAGAAGGAACAAUUCCUCGGUCGCCAGAAGACGAAGUUGCCGAAGUGGUUCGGCGAGAGGCCGGGCAAGAAACCAGGAGACCCCGAAUCUCCAGAGGGCGAAGAAGACGUGAAGGCUGCGGCUGAGGACGAGGAAUUAGAGGAACCACAGUUCGAGGAAGAAGAGGAAGAAGAGGAGGAGGAGGAGGAGGAGGAGGAAGAAGGUGGCGAAGGAAAGGAGGGCGAGGGUGAGGGUGAAGAAGAGGAGGAGGAGGAAGAGGAGGAGGAAGAGGAGGAGGAAGAGGAGGAAGAGGAGGAGGAGGAAGAGGAGGAAUAGAAGCCUCUUCCAGAAAAUUGCAAAUUCAAUCGAUCGAUCAUCAAACAAUCUCGAAACAUCCUUCGAACCAUCGAAUAUAGUCGUGGCGGCAGUAGAGACAACAAUGGCGCGCCAUUGUCCCAGAAUCUCGUCGUUAUAGGUGGCUUUUCGUUUCGAGUCUUAUGCGACAUCGGAAUGGUUCCGAGAGGACGACGCUCUGUCGCUUCGCCACAGAGCCUAGCCUAUAACGACGAGGAUUCCGGCGAGAUAAAACAGGCUGUUACUACUUCUCAGCUGUUCUACUACUACUACUACUACUUCUACUACUAUUAUUCUACUACUUCUAUUGCUACUAUAAUUAUUAUUAUUAUAUUGUACAAAAUACACGCACACACAUUAUUAAAA